AGAAGACGACGACGACGAGAAGAAGAAGAAAGAAGAAAGAAGAAAUGGGGGCUGGGAAGCGUGAGAUCCAAACCUCACUGGACGGACUGAGAGACAAGAAUAUGAUGCAGCUGAAGAAGCUCAACACUGCUCUAUUCCCCGUUCGCUACAACGACAAAUACUACGCCGACGCCCUCGCCGCCGGCGACUUCUCUAAGCUCGCAUAUUUCAGUGAUAUAUGUGUUGGUGCAAUUGCUUGCCGGCUUGAGAAGAAGGAAGGUGGUGUUGUCCGUGUUUACAUCAUGACAUUGGGAGUUUUGGCACCUUAUCGUGGGAUAGGCAUUGGUAAAAAGCUGCUGAACCACGUUUUUGAACUCUGCGCCAAGCAAAGCAUUUCUGAAAUUUACUUGCAUGUACAGACUAACAAUGAUGAUGCCAUAAGUUUCUAUAAGAAGUUUGGGUUUGAAAUCACGGAAACUAUCCAGAACUACUACACAAACAUUACCCCUCCAGACUGCUUUGUGCUUACCAAGUACAUUACCCAACCUCAGGCAAAGAAGUAAUUGUCAAGCUGUCAAAUGGGAAGUUUAUACAUCAAUUUUUGAUCUCUGUCGCUUCUCAAUCAUGCUUUAUUAGCCUAGUUAUAUAUAUAAACUUGCUAAAUCCUUUGGAGCGUUUUCAUGUGAGGACUCAUCUGCUAUGUUUCUGCAGACAUGGGUGCCUCUUUCCCCUUAUUGUACUAAGACAUGAACUUCAUUUGAAAAUUGUGUAAUUUAUUGGUACCAGGUAAAGGGGCUUCCAUCUUUCAGUAAGGUAUGGUAUGCUUGUGUA